AUGUCCGCUGAAACUCCCGUUUUACCUGCCUCGUUCCUCAACAGUUCCCUGUCCCUCCCGUCGGCAGCAAUUCGUCUCAGAUGGUACAUGUGCGUCAUUGUCACGUUAUCUUCACUGAACUAUCCCGAUGCAAUCCCUCAAGUCUACGCUCACCUUGACAAAAAUUUGCUGUCUUCAAUGUCACCCGAAGAUCGCUUUGCAGCUGUCCAACAAGUCCGCGAGGGACUUAUCAAAUCGACCGGCAUAGUAGGCGCCUGCAGAACAGGGAACGCGAUGCGCACCUUAUCAACAUGCAUACCGGAAGAACUGCGAGAGAAAGAGUCACCGAGAUCAAAAGAAUCGGACCAAAUGGCACGAAAAAGAGGGAAAGAAUUCUGGAGCAAUAUUUAUGCUAGGAAUCCGGCCUUUGAUCCGGAAGCUUCUGUGCGUGCUAGUCCCGACUACGCUUUUAUUGUGCGAGAGGUUCUCUAUGCACGGAUAUUCUCAUUUGAUGGUAUACUUGAUGCGUUGACAACGGGGUAUGCUAUUGUAUCGGGACUGUAUGGUAUGGAUUGUCAGAAUCAACUGCAGCAUCACAUGAAGGGUAUGCUCUUUAAUGGUGCUACGAGGGAAGAUCUCAAAAACCUUCAGGAGCUUUGUCUGGGUCUGGCGAAAAUUCUUGGUGUCAGGUUUAGGUAUGGUCCUGCCCCAAUCCCUACUAUUCCUGAAGGAAGUACAUAA